GAGUCAAGUAGCCGGCUACUGUCGCAGGUGCUGGUGCUUCUGCGGCGGAGCUAGACGCAGGCGGCACCUGGGGCAUGUCCUCGCUCGGGGGCCCGCGUCCCGCGGCAGGGGAGCAGCCCGGAGCUAGACUGCACGUGCGGGCGACCGGAGGCGCGCUGCUGCUUUGCGUGCUGGCGGUGCUGCUGGGCUGGGUUUGGCUGCGGCGGCAGCGCGCAUGCGGCAUCCCUCCGGGGCCCAAGCCUCGGCCACUCGUGGGUAACUUCGGGCACUUGCUGGUGCCACGCUUCCUGCGGCCUCAGUUCUGGCUGAGCUCGGGCAGCCAGACGGACACGGUGGGCCAGCAUGUGAACCUGGCCAGGAUGGCCCGUGUCUAUGGCAACAUCUUCAGCUUCUUCAUCGGCCACCGUCUGGUGGUGGUCCUCAGCGACUUCCACAGCGUGCGCGAGGCGCUAGUGCAGCAGGCUGAAGUGUUCAGUGACCGCCCGCGGAUGCCGCUCAUCUCCAUCAUGACCAAGGAGAAGGGAAUCGUGUUUGCACACUAUGGUCCAAUUUGGAAACAGCAGAGGAGAUUCUCCCACUCGACGCUUCGUCAUUUCGGUCUGGGCAAGCUCAGCCUGGAGCCCAGGAUCAUCGAGGAGUUCGCGUACGUGAAAGAAGCCAUGCAGAAGCACGGAGAGGCCCCCUUCAGCCCCUUCCCGAUCAUCAGCAAUGCCAUCUCCAACAUCAUCUGCUCCCUGUGCUUCGGCCAGCGCUUCGAUUACACCAACAAGGAGUUUAAAAAGGUGCUGGAUUUCAUGUCCCGGGGGUUAGAAAUCUGCUUGCACAGCCGGCUCUUCCUGAUCAACAUCUGCCCCUGGUUUUACUACCUCCCCUUUGGUCCAUUUAAGGAGCUAAGGCAAAUCGAAAGGGACAUAACCUGCUUCCUUAAAAACAUCAUCAGAGAACACCAAGAGUCCCUGGACGCCAGCAACCCUCAGGACUUCAUAGACAUGUACCUUCUGCACAUGGAGGAGGAGAAGGGAGCCGGCGGGCACAGCAGCUUCGACGAGGACUACCUGUUCUACAUCAUUGGGGACCUCUUCAUCGCCGGCACUGACACCACAACCAAUUCUCUGCUCUGGUGCCUGCUGUACAUGUCACUGAACCCCGACGUGCAAAAAAAGGUUCAUGAAGAAAUUGAAAGGGUCAUUGGCUGUGACCGUGCACCUUCCCUCACAGAUAAGGCCCAGAUGCCAUACACAGAAGCCACCAUCAUGGAGGUGCAGCGGCUGUCCAUGGUGGUGCCACUCGCCAUUCCUCACAUGACCUCGGAGAAAACAGUCCUCCAAGGGUACACCAUUCCCAAAGGCACAGUGGUCCUACCCAACCUAUGGUCAGUCCACAGAGACCCAGCCAUCUGGGAGAAGCCAGACGACUUCUGUCCUCAUCGAUUUCUGGAUGACCAAGGACAACUUUUGAAAAGAGAAACUUUUAUUCCUUUUGGGAUAGGGAAGCGGGUGUGUAUGGGAGAGCAGCUGGCCAAGAUGGAGUUAUUCCUGAUGUUUGUGAGCCUGAUGCAGACGUUCACCUUUGCGUUACCUGAGGGUUCCGAGAAGCCCAUCACGACUGGGAGAUUUGGUCUAACACUGGCCCCGCACCCUUUUAAUGUAACCAUCUCAAAGAGAUGAAGAAGCCCUGAGAAGAGAGGAGCGGGCCUUCCCAUUGCUGCUGAGCAUGGGCCUAGCAGUUUAGCACAGCCAGGAGAGGCUGGGUGGUGCCCACUGUCUACAGGGAAGCAUGGACACUCGGUUUGGUUGUGUGGAUUCCAUCGGGAAGCAGAGCUUCUCAUCUCUCAGCCUCUGUCAUCCCAUGGUAAAAUGAGGUAAUGAAAGUUCUCUCAGCUCUGAGGGGGACUGGAUGCUUCAUGAAGUCUGUGCUGUUGGCAGAUGCUGGGCAAAUCAUUAGAUCUGCCUUUGGACCUCCCAAGGCCCCUGCAACAUCUAGCGUCAGCAGGGACACUUGGUCAGAGGGGGGUGCAGGUCUAGGUUAUAUCGAGGUAGACCUUUUUUUUUUUUCUGCUCUCUAUACGAUUUUUUUUCUUUUGCUUUUUUUCCCCUGACAUAAAUUCAAUGUCAGUUUCUUUGGGCUUGUCUUAUGAGUGUUGUUUUUGUUUAGGGAUGUGUUCCCUUUAUAGAGCUGGGAUGAAAUGUCCCCUUGCCCAGUAAUGUUGAGAAAAAGAAAAUGAUCCUCUUGAGGUUGUUGUCCACCCAUGUGUCUGCCGUCUGUAGCCACAUGAGCGGUGAGCCUGGCUGCGCAGCACAGGUUCGCCCUGCGUAGGUGAGUGCAGGGCACAAUUGGGGCCCUGGAUGCUGGGCUGGGGAGUGUGAUAAUGGAGUUGUGGAAUUGUUCCAGAAGGGAUUUCUCACUGAAGUGACUCAGAACCCUCCUCUCCUAUGCCAUCAGCCAUGGUGUGACUGACUUAGUCAAGACAAGAAGCCAUUGUGUGAUUAGAGGGCCCUCUCAUGGCUCCUCCAAGGGCCACAUGGAAAUGUGGGAAUGCCUUUCGUAGAAAGGCGCCAUACUGAAUGCUCUCGUGUAUAUGUAAUCCUUGCACUAAGGGAGCUGAGGCUGUCCAGUGCUAAGGCCCAUAAUUAAAAAGUGCCACUACCCGCCAGUUCUCUAAGCUACUUGGCCUUGUGACAGGAGAGCACUUUCUGAGGCCCAUCUCAGUAUUGCCCCAUAUGGUCCUGAAGCUAGCCUCCAUUACCUGUGCCCUCUCUGCACGCUGCUGCCCCCUCACCAUGCCUGAUUUUUGGGAUGCCCAGACAACUUGGGAGUGAGGUAGGAAAAGCGAUUUAGGGGAAAAGCCCGCCCACGAUUUAUCACAGUCAGUCCAGGAUACUUUUUAAACACAGUGUAAUUUGUCCUACCUAAUUCAGCCAGUGUUUAAAAAUGUACUCAACUUUUGUUUAUCAUUUAAAGUAACCAUUUUAGGCAAAUCUAGGAUGAGGCCUUAGCUGCCAACACAACCCAGAAUGGAAGCUUCCAGCAGCUUCCCACCGGCCACAUCCACAGGCCAUUCUCUGAGGUACCCAGGCCUGCUCGCAGAUGCUUCCUGGGGGAAGAUAACAGCUGCUGAAUAAAAACCUAAUAGGAGUAAAAAGAAAAAUGUGGAAUAUCGUAUAACCAGGUGUUGGUUAAUUUUUGAGUCUAUAUUCUUUAUGUUAUCCAUCAUUCUGUUUUCCUCUUCAUAAAUUAUACUAACUUUCAAACUAGAUGAACGGAGUCCAUGCUAAUCUGCAGGCUCCCUGGAGAUUGUGUUUAGGCCAGCACACUAAAGAUGAGGGGCUGAGGAUGUACACAUUGUGGAGAAGGUGUGGGAUGGCAAAUCCUGCUGGCUGAGCAGGUUGGUUGUCCUGAUCUGACCUGCACGUUUGCUGGCCCCUUACUCCAUGACUUGCACAUGGAUUUCUGGACCUCCUAACCAAAGAUUUCACAUUGUACUUGAAAAGGACUUCUGCCUUCUCUGAGGUGACGUCAGAGUCCUGCCAUUAUCCCGCAGUUUAACACCGUGCCUCAUGCUGUAAAGCCAUGAAAACCCCUUUUCUAACACUGCUGCAGGAGGAGCGCGCUUUUCCCGAGCCUACUGCUGCUUGAUGGUUUUGCACUUCACAACUCCUCUGAAAUGGGAAAUUAACUGGAGUCAGUGUUCUAACCAUGAGGUCUGGACCUCGUCUGUGAUGGAGCUCUUGGUGAUCCUAUUA